CCUCCCUCGCUCCCCCUUCUCCCUCCUCCCUCCUCUCGCAUACACACCCCCGCUUGGGCCUCCUCUCUCUCUCUCUCUCCGGCUCCAUUUUCUCCGCCGCCGGGGGCCGGGGUCUCCUGUGGGGGUGCCCAGGCGGCACCCCAGGUCUCCCCUUCAGUGCCGGGGUGAACCCCCGGAGGGAGCCGGGAGGCGGGUUGCCGGGCGGGGUUGGGGCGGAGGGAGCAGCGGCCCCGGCGAGUUUGGGGGGGGAAGUCACCGGCGGGGGGAGGGGCGAGCAGGGAGGGGGCCUCGGGGCCCCCCCCAGCCAUGGACGAGCGGCUGCUGGGGCCGCCCCCUCCGGGCGGGGGCCGGGGGGGCCUGGGGCUGGUGGGUGGGGAGCCCGGGGGCCCUGGCGAGCCUCCCGGUGCCGGAGACCCCGGUGGGGGAAGUGGGGGGGUCCCGGGAGGCCGAGGGAAGCAAGACAUCGGGGACAUUCUGCAACAGAUAAUGACCAUCACCGACCAGAGCCUGGACGAGGCCCAGGCCAAGAAACACGCCCUAAACUGCCACCGAAUGAAGCCGGCUCUGUUUAGUGUCCUGUGUGAGAUCAAGGAGAAAACUGGCCUUAGCAUCCGGAGCUCCCAAGAGGAGGAGCCAGUGGACCCACAGCUGAUGCGCUUGGACAACAUGCUUCUGGCAGAAGGUGUGGCUGGACCAGAGAAGGGGGGAGGCUCCGCAGCAGCAGCUGCAGCCGCUGCAGCCUCGGGAGGUGGCGUGUCCCCCGACAACUCCAUCGAACACUCAGACUAUCGCAGCAAGCUUGCCCAAAUCCGCCACAUCUACCACUCGGAGCUGGAGAAGUAUGAGCAGGCGUGCAAUGAGUUCACCACCCACGUCAUGAACCUGCUGAGGGAGCAGAGCCGCACCCGUCCUGUGGCCCCCAAGGAGAUGGAGCGUAUGGUGAGCAUCAUCCAUCGCAAGUUCAGCGCCAUCCAGAUGCAGCUGAAGCAGAGCACCUGCGAGGCGGUCAUGAUCCUGCGCUCUCGCUUCCUGGAUGCCAGACGAAAACGCCGGAACUUCAGCAAACAGGCCACCGAGGUCCUGAACGAGUAUUUCUACUCUCACCUGAGUAACCCUUACCCCAGUGAGGAGGCCAAAGAGGAGCUGGCCAAGAAGUGCGGCAUCACUGUCUCUCAGGUUUCCAACUGGUUUGGUAACAAGCGGAUUCGCUACAAGAAGAAUAUUGGGAAAUUCCAAGAGGAGGCGAAUAUCUAUGCUGUGAAGACAGCCGUGUCAGUGGCCCAGGGGGGGCACAGCCGCACCAGCUCCCCGACGCCCCCCUCCUCUGCAGGCUCUGGCGGCUCUUUCAAUCUCUCAGGAUCCGGAGACAUGUUUCUGGGGAUGCCCGGGCUCAAUGGAGACUCCUACUCUGCUUCCCAGGUGGAAUCACUCCGACACUCAAUGGGGCCAGGGAGCUACGGGGAUAACCUCGGGGGAGGCCAGAUAUACAGUCCUCGAGAAAUGCGGGCCAAUGGUGGCUGGCAGGAGGCUGUGACCCCGUCCUCAGUGACAUCCCCAACAGAGGGACCGGGAAGUGUUCACUCUGACACCUCCAACUGACCUUGCCCCUCAAGGUCACAGGGCUGGGGGCUCCCACCAGGCAACUCUUGAAGAGGACUUGGGCAUCUAAAGGACAAACCCCGACAGAAGCACAAACGGAAGGGCGGCUGGGGCCAUGCUCUCCCCAACUAGACACAGUGCUGGGGUGCUGGCGACAUGGCAGGGAAAGUGGGGUGUCCCCUCUUCCUUUUUUCUCUUCCCUCUCACACAGGAAACAUAUCUGUUUCUCAGAUAUCUCUCUCAAACCUGCACCGACAUACAACUAUUUUGUUUGUCUCUGGACUCCCUAUUUCUGUUCCCCACCCCACUUAUAUACUCUGGAAUCUGGAGACGUCAGCCCUGCCCGACCCAGAGAUGCCAAAAAUGGGGACUCCUGGACAGAGGCCCUGGGCCAACACCCCCACCCCCACCCCAUGCAUCCCGACCUUCUGCCCCUCCAGACGGCUUUAUUACCUCAUACGCAGCUCAUCUUAAACCAAUAGAAUCGCUCGGUGGACAAGAGUGUCUGACUCAGAUAUCUACCUCGGAGGGAGUUUCUGCUACUUUAGAAAAUUGUUGGCUGGGCUUUGGAGUUGUUUUUGUUUUUUAGAAACCCUGGGAUCUGUCUGUAUUUUUUUUUUUUUAAUUGUUUUUGUUGGUAGUGGUGAUCCUUAAUUUUUAAUAGUUUGAAGAAGUAGGGAUUUUGGUGUGUGUGUGGGUUGUUUUUUUUUAAAUAAACAUACUGAUUUAUUUUUGUUUACCCAUGUGAGAAGUGAGAGCCAAAGGGACCCUAGUAAGCGAACAGAGGCAGCUGGCGGCGGCGGCGGCUACUUGCUCCAGGCCUACCAAUGGGGAAGUGGAUUUUGCAGGACACCAUGUCCUCACCCUGGUCACUUAGGUGUUCUUAGUGUGUGCAGACAAAUCUCUGCAGCUCUGACGUGAGCACCAUGCCCUUCUAGCCUCCUGUCUUCCCCUCCCAAUAACCUUUGGGCCAGGCUGGACUGAACUCAGUAAUUUUGAGAAAGUCAAAAGGCUUUUUUUAAAAUUUUUUUUAACUAUUUGCAGAGUGGAGAAGAAUGAAUGGGGAGGGUAUUCUUGCCAAAUAUGCUAAAUAUGGGCUGGGUGCUUAUGUGUAUCUCCCCCAGUUUCCCAGAAAUAAGUGUUUCUGUUCAUUUUUUAAUCUCAUGCCAAAAUCAAGUGGGUGGGGAGAAGAGAGGCCACAGAGCGCAGGUAUGAGGGGAGGUGUGAGUUUUAUGGUCUCGUCUCAGCCUGAAGCCUUCUAUCUGACCCCCUCCAACUUCCUCAGGAUCUUCAAGACUGUCACCAUGGGGAACUCCUCCCUCCCAUCAAAGACCCAGGCAGGAUGGAGGGAGUGUGACAAGAGGGAGGUGGGAGGCGGGGGCCAGGGGCAGCUCUCUCCUCACCUGUAAACUUGUAGAUUCACAGAGAAAAAAAGAAAGAACUGCAGUUUUAAAUAAAGAGAUUUCUUUUUUCCCUGGG